AGUAAAAGCAACUUCUACAACAUCUAGGUGGGCAGAAGCGAACCAAGAGAAAUACAUUUUUUUACACAGUUAUGAGAUCUGCUUAGGCGCCUUGCCGAAUAGAUUCAAAUCAUCAACGUCAGCUGAGAAGAUAAUUGAUAUCAUACGUAAUAAAUAAUUGUGCUGACAAGAUAGACAUAUUUUUAUCUACAGUUAUAGAUCUCCAGUUAUAGACCCAAAUAAACAAAAAAAUGAUGGCUCGUAAACUUCGUGUGCUAUGCCUUCACGGCUAUGGGAUGUCAGGAGACUUCAUGCGGAUGCAGAUUGAGAAAUCUGUCUUCGGUUCUUCGCCGAUUCUCAAGGAGUUGCUUAUGGCUACUUAGUCUACCAGGGUUAGGCUGUGAGACUAGAGAUGGAGGUCUAGAGCCAUACUAGAUAACAUUUCAAUUCGAGAUUCAUAUUUGUUGGGGGAUUCAUCUUCUUCAAAGUUUUUCUGAAAUAGAAAUACAGACUCACUACAACAGCGACAUUGCUCUAAAUUUUUGGAUUUCGUGUUCCUGGAUGCGCCGUACCAGGAUGCUGAUGCGCGAGACCCCUCCGAAACUGACCAUGAGCAGCAAGCGAGCAGUGCUGUCGUGGAAUCCAGUACAACUCCUACAUCUCAUCAUGAGCAUGGGGGUCGCGUGUGGUGGGAUUUUCACCGUUUGGCGGAUUCACCAGCCCCUUCUCGUCUCGCGGGGCUCAAUCGCGGCGUCGCUGGCACGAUUCGCUGCUUGGGCGAGCAGCUACGCAACCUCGGACCCUUUGACGGUAUUGUCGGCUUUUCCCAAGGUGGACUCGCUUGUCACUAUUUGAUCGGCUUCGUCUAUCAGCGAUUUAACGGAGACUUCGAAGCAGCUGCAACGGCCUUCGAACGGACCUUUUCACCGACACUAAAUCGAUUUCUACUAGACGAGUAUGGAGGUCGUGAGAAAAAUAUUAGGACAGGUCUUCUAAAGCAAAUAGUAAUAGAGCAAGAACGCCAGCAACAGGAUCCUCAUGCAAGCAGAGCAGUAUCUCAUGCGCAGUUGCUUCGGAAGGAACGGUUCGAACAUAUGCUCUUGGACGAGACCAGGGAGUUUGACAUGCUACAAGUUGCGAACAAACUAUUCUCAUCUUCAGCUUCUUCUUCUUCCUCUUUGCAUGCUGCUCAAGAACAUGCGGAUAAAAUUUUUCCUUCCUUCUAUAAUAAUGUCAAUCUACAACAUCAAGCUGGUGCUUCGAAAGAACAGGAUUCUAGCAGAGCACAAGAAGAAGUAGAUGUAGAUGACCGGCUAGAAGUAGUACACGAAGAGCACCAGUUAGAAGCCGACGUAGAAGAGCAGGCACAACGACAGGUAGUAGGUGAUCUUCAGGUACACGAGGACCACGAGGAAAUCACGUUUCUCCGCCAAGCGCGUCAGAGGAAAAAGACGGAAGCGCAAGCUUCAGCGAUGAGCAGCACCAUAGUAGAGGAUAAGAUAGCUCCAUCAAAACCAAAAGCUAAGCCUUUCACUCUCUCUACUCCGAUUGGGUCGCCAACGAGUCCACUGAGUUCGGUAAGGUUUGUUGUGCUCAUAAGCAGUGGCGUACCUCUGGAUGGGACGAGUCGUUUGCAAGCACGACCGGCGCUAAGUGGUAGCAACUCGCGCUUAGUGCCGCCUGUAGCCUGCUUAGCCAUCGCGCAAAUGGAUGAUCGCGUUGUCCCGCCAGAACUAACGCUGAAGAAAACCUUCAACACACAAGGCAGGAGUACAAGUCAGUUUCUUCAGCGUCGUCAAAACGUUGUAACAAAUACCAAGCAGCAAGAAGAUGAUCGCGAUCCUACAUCUGCUUCUGCUGUUGAUGUAAGAAGCCACAGAGAUGAUCAAAAUCCUACAUCUUUUGCCACUUCGCCGUAUCCUUAUUUUCGGCAAGUGACAGAGAUUCUGAACGCGCAGGGAGGCCAUCGGGUACCACGCGAAGACCACUUCUCUCCAGAGGGACUGCAAACGCUUGUCGAGUUUUUUCUCGCUCAAAGCGAGGCCGCGAAUGUCCUCUCAAAUUCUAGACUGCCGAAAGCGAAACUGUGACUUCCGAAAGCGAAACUUUGUUGUGGAUGAGGAUGUCGAUGUGAUGAGAUUUGAUCGUUUCAAAGAUUUUUAAAAAACCCCUCUACUACCUCAAGCAGCACAUCAUCAGUUGAAUAGUUCUGGUAUUUGGUAGCCUGAUUUUGAUCAUAAGGAAAACAAGAAGAGAAUCCUUGUGAUCAAAUUCAGGCUACCUCUACCGAAUACCGGAACCAUUCAUCAGUGCACUUAAAUUAGUGUUAUGUACCAACUAAAUCUAAAGCACACGCACACACUCAAGUAGCACAUCGGUGCCUUUUUUCUCAGGAUCUUCCUACUAGACCGCGAAGACCAUGUUGACAGCCGAUCCUGCAUCCGUAGCUACAUUCUGUAGCAAGGAAAAC